CUUUCAAAACAACUCCCUUCUCGGGUGUCCAUUUUUCAUUUCCCCCUGAAUUUUAUCCGUAAAUCCGUUUCGCCACGAUGGUAUCGAUUGUCCCCUCCCGGUUCGCGGGACUGCGAAUCGAAGACGACGACGACGACUUUGUGCGGCCCAAGCAGAAGGCGAAAUCCAGCGCUUCGUCCUCCCAGAACAACAACAAUCAAAAGCAACAGCAGCAACAACAAAAGAAGCCGAAGCCGAAAAAGCCCAAGAAGCCAGUCAGCGCCGAGGUGCAAACCGAGCAGUGGAACAAAUGGCAGGAAAAGGACACGGAAAUUGUGGAAACGCACUACGAAAAGGACCUGGAACAGGCGCUGCUGCUGUCCAAGCUUGACUUUGAGGCCAACAAGGUCAAAUAUGUCCAAUCGGAGCGGGAAGCCAAGGCCGCUGCCAAGCCGAAAAAGAGCCGUCCGCUGUCGCUGCAGGCGUUCCAGACCAAGGUCGAGAAGGACACCAGCGAGAAGGAAGUGCAGCGACAGCGCAAAGAGGAAGAGGUCGAGUACAACCGGAAGUUUACCUUCUUCGAGCAGAUUGACCGCGAAACCAAGCAGAUCAUCCGCAAGGAGCAGUUCAAAGAGAUUAUGGCCAACCGGGAGUACCCGAUCGAGAAGACCGGCUCGGACGACGAUGAAAAGCCGGAGGAAUCUGCUCCGCUGAGCGAACUCGACGUGGUCAAGGCGGAAAACGAAGCGUUGAAGACGGAACUGGCCACGCUCCGGUUCAAGUACAAAAAGAUCUGCUCGGUGCUGAAGAGUGGCGAAAUGAAGGACAAAACCGAUCUGCUCGUGGAGAUUGAAAAGCUCAAGCGGACCCAGGAGGACAUGUCGGCAGAGCUGAGUGCCCUGUACGUCCAGCUCGAGCAGGAAAAGUCCAAAACGAACGCCGGCGGGUCCAGUCACCACGACCAGAAGGGAAAGGGCGACCGGUCCGGGGCCGGUCGGAAGUCGGUCCGGUUUGAUGCUUCGUCCGAGGUGCAGCACAACGGCAGGGCUGAUUAGUUUGAUGCAAUUUUAAUCUAUUUUCAUGUUCCUUUCGAUGAAUGAAACCAUUUUUUCUCCUUUUUAAAUCUGUGUGGUUAGUUUGAGCGAAAAAAAAUCAUUCUAAAUUCCAAUUUUACGGUAUUGUACGGCAGUAAUUAAAACGUGGUAGUGCAAAUAAAUUUACGAAUCUCAUCCCAAAAAAGA